GAAAGGAAAUGAAAAGACCCUGUCUUCCAGCAAUGGAACAGCGCACAUCUUAUACGAGACACCAAAACGUCAAACAGCUUGCUGCGAACGCGCGCGGAUAUGGUCAAGCGUCCGAGUCGUGGGGAUUGCACAACGAACCGUACAUCGGUGCAUCGUCCCCAACUUGGGGCUCCAAAGCCGGCCGCCAGCAACAAGCGACCCGUCUUCCGCCCAGCGUGCCUUGGUAUCAUUGCAAGCAUAGCCACGGCCUAUCGCUAUCCGACCAGAGCGAGCCCGUCGGACCGCCGGCUAUAGCGUUUGACGGGGUAACCCGUGAGCGAGGCUCUCGCUUCAGCAAUUGAAAUUCGUGUCUGUCAGUGGGGGCUCUG